AUGGGUCGCCGACCAGCUCGUUGCUAUCGUUAUAUAAAGAAUAAGCCCUACCCAAAAUCACGGUUCUGUCGUGGUGUACCGGAUCCGAAAAUUCGUAUUUUCGACUUGGGCAAGAAAAAGGCCGAUGUUGACGAAUUUCCUGCAUGCGUGCAUUUGAUGUCGAAUGAACGUGAACAUCUUUCUUCAGAAGCACUUGAGGCGGCACGUAUUUGUGCGAACAAAUAUAUGGUGAAGAAUUGUGGUAAGGAUGGUUUCCAUAUGCGCGUUCGUAAGCAUCCCUAUCACGUGGUACGAAUCAACAAAAUGUUAUCGUGUGCUGGUGCUGAUCGUUUGCAAACUGGUAUGAGAGGUGCGUUCGGUAAACCGCAAGGCUUAGUGGCACGUGUCGAUAUCGGUGAUAUGCUCAUUUCAACUCGUGUUAGAGAACAGCAUGUUGAACAUGCAGUUGAAGCAUUCCGUCGUGCCAAAUUCAAGUUCCCUGGCCGACAGCUGAUCGUGAUAUCAAGGAAAUGGGGCUUCACAAGGUGGGAUAAAGAAGAAUUCGAAAAAAUGCGUCAGGAGGGUCGUCUCAUUAAUGAUGGCGCCAAUUGUAAAUUGGUUCGUGAGCACGGACCUUUGUCGAAAUGGCUUAUUAAUCCGAUCUAA